GGGUUGUGGUAAGACCAAGGCUUGUCCAAUUCCUGUCAACUCCAAGGAUGUGGAAGAAAUUUCGUGUGAGACAAGCGAGUCUGCGGAGAUGUUUAAAACCCAGGACCCUUCACUUAGACGAAUCUAAGUUCUCAUUCUACGUCACACUCCACACGUAGUGACAGAGAGCCACACGGCCAGGUGAAAGCGCACACACAUCCAGCGUGCACACACUCUCCGUGGAAGCCUUCCUCAUCCUGUCCUUCCCUCAGCACUGGAGUCCGGGACUUCCCAGAGGAACAGAACAGGACCAGUUGGAGUGUUCCUUCAGGUAAAUCCUCCUGAAACUUGUACCAACUAGUUUUUGACUGACAGCGAGCAGCGAGAGACUUUUCUUCACUCUGAGAGAACCAACCCAAACACCGAUCUUUCCCAAGGCGACCUGUACGACCAGGACCAUUUCUUUGCCAGGUCACCGCCUGCCUUCUAGCCAGGAGCCCGGUGCAUCCCUGCAGGGGGCUGUCGUUCACCCAUAAAAUCCAAAGUCCCGGGCUGGAAUUUCUCGUGGGCCAAAGGCUCUGCUGUUCAUCCACCAUGGAAGUGGGUGAGGAAGGCUCCAUUACCCAGCUUUGGCCAUCCCGUGAGCAUGCGGCCCAAGGUUGGACAGCACACCCGGUCCCAGGUCCUUCCUGCAGAACCGGGCCCCCUGGUCACUGCCCCAGAUCUCCAGGACCUUCGGUUGAGCUGGGUCUCAGCACCUGGGCUCAAGGCAGAAGCAGCAUCCCCUGGUAGCCAGGUGGGCGAAGGGGAGCGAGCACGUUCCACCUGCCUCGAAGAAGACGCCUUCUGACCUGCUGAGGGAGUGACCAGGUGGUCCCAAGAGCCUGACAAUGGACGCCGUUCACCUCAGCGUGUCCAGUGCUCCCCUCGUGAGGCAGCCUUCAGGAGGUGGACUCAAGACCAACAGGCCCCGAGUCAUGUCCAAGAGUGGGCACAGCAAUGUGCGAAUUGACAAAGUGGAUGGCAUAUACUUACUCUACCUUCAAGACUUGUGGACCACCGUCAUCGACAUGAAGUGGAGAUACAAGCUCACCCUGUUUGCCGCCACGUUCGUGAUGACGUGGUUCCUUUUUGGAGUGAUCUACUACGCCAUCGCGUUCAUUCAUGGGGACUUAGAACCGAGCGAGGACGUUUCGAAUCACACCCCCUGCAUCAUGAAGGUGGACUCUCUCACUGGGGCGUUUCUCUUUUCCCUGGAAUCCCAGACGACCAUUGGCUACGGAGUCCGUUCCAUCACGGAGGAAUGCCCUCACGCCAUUUUCCUGUUGGUCGCUCAGCUGGUCAUCACAACCUUGAUUGAGAUCUUCAUCACAGGCACCUUCCUGGCCAAGAUUGCCAGACCCAAAAAGCGGGCGGAGACCAUCAAGUUCAGCCACUGCGCGGUCAUCACCAAGCAGAACGGGAAGCUGUGUUUGGUGAUCCAGGUGGCCAACAUGAGGAAGAGCCUCCUGAUCCAAUGCCAGCUCUCUGGCAAGCUCCUGCAGACCCAUGUCACCAAGGAGGGGGAGCGGAUCCUGCUCAACCAAGCCACCGUCAAAUUCCACGUGGACUCCUCUUCGGAGAGCCCCUUCCUCAUCUUGCCCAUGACAUUCUACCACGUGCUGGAUGAGACGAGCCCCCUGAGAGACCUCACGCCCCAAAACCUGAAGGAAAAGGAGUUUGAGCUUGUCGUCCUCCUCAAUGCCACCGUGGAAUCCACCAGCGCGGUCUGCCAGAGCCGCACGUCUUAUAUCCCAGAGGAGAUCUACUGGGGCUUUGAAUUUGUGCCUGUAGUUUCUCUCUCCAAGAACGGAAAGUACGUGGCUGAUUUCAGUCAGUUUGAACAGAUCCGAAAGAGCCCAGAUUGCACCUUUUACUGUGCGGAUUCUGAGAAGCAGAAACUUGAGGAGAAGUACAGGCAGGAGGAGCAGAGGGAAAGGGAGCUGAGAACUCUUUUGUUACAACAGAGCAACGUCUGAUGUCAGUGAACGCCCCGGGUUGAACCCUGGGAGCCCUUUCCGCGUCCGAGCUCCCUUAGAAUGCAGAGGUCACCGUGAAAACGUGAAGGUGUGGAUUCACCCUAAAAAGCUGCACACACAUACAAAAUCACCCCCCGCCCCUUGGAUCUAGUGCCUAAGCAAGCAUCGCCACGUUUGAGGAGUUCCUUUUCCAACGCUUUGUCUGCAGCGAACUCUCAAAAUUCGUAUUUCCUAAAAUGGGGCUACAUUUCCACAAACUUGGUGUAGGGCAAUCGAAAUAAUGUCCUGCCGGGUGGACAGACCGUUAGCAAUGCUGGUAUUGAAAGGAAGUGCAUUUCUAUACAGGAUAUCAGCCAUCAUAUAAGGUAUUUAUUCAAAACAAUUAUCAAAGACGUUAUGGCCGAGAGUUGAAAUGUGGUUUGGUAUUCCUUUAUACCAUUGCUUUAAAGCACCUUCUUCUUUUCAAGGAGAGAAAAUGCUAUAUAUACAAUGGAAGCUACUGAUAAUACAUAAAAAGGGGCGAGGGACUCUGUGCUCACAAAAAUCAUAGUUCCGUUUAUGGCUUUCUUCGUUGGAUUGAAUUGUAGGAGUGAAAUUGAUCAAACCAGGGGUAAACAGUUGAGAAAACAUACACAAAUGGACUUGAUGCUAUUAAUUUUUUGGUCGGAAUGUACUGCUAUUUUCUAUUCAACACCAGCAACAUCAGCACCAUCUGGGAGCUUAUUAGCAAUAUAGGCUCUCAGGCCCCAUCCGGACUUAGAGAAUCAGAGGCUGUCCCUUAACAAGACCUCCAAGUGAUUUGUAUACAAACGAAAGUCUGAAAAAUGUCCACUCUGAAAGUUUUCAAGGGAACUUUCUGAAGCCACAGGACCCCAUGGGUCCCAAACCCAUUUGGCCCCCAGACCCGUCCUUCUUUCUUCAGCUUGUUAUCAUGGGCCAAUAUUUUUGUCAGCCAUCUCCUUCCUCAUCUGCAAAGGAAGUGCCACUGAUAUUCCAAGAUUGAAAAAGUUACUUGAGAGGAACGGCUGUCAUGCUAAAGCACAUGCUUGUUGACCCUAGUUAGCACAAAAGAAAAUGAAGCCACAUUACAAUCGGAAACUUGCUCAGAUGUUGAAGUCCACAGGGUUGGAUGGGGCCAUGAAGAACACAAGGGGUGAGGAUAAUGAAUUCAUAUACAGAUGACUCCUUGGGGCAUGAACUUUGGUAAUCUUAUAACGUGUAAAGAAUGCUCCCAGCAUUUAAAUAAAUCUCAUACAACUGAGUCUUACAGGGGUAACAUUUUGCUCUUGGCAGAAUCUAGGGGCCAGGAACCACAUUUCUUUGGGGCAAAGAAUAUACGCGGGGCCGGGACUAGCUAAAUGUGCCACAGGUGAAUUCUCAUUUCAUUCAAACUGGGGUCAAUUUGUGUAUUCACUCAAGAAGAAUGUGACUGUAAGUGGGGAGGCGCUGUGUAGACAUACACACGAGCCCACAUAUAUGUACACCCACGGGCACACGCACGCACGCACGCACGCACAUCCUGGCUUUUCAAGCAUAAUUGUGGAAACGAUCAAUAAAAGAUGUUUGCAACGAAGAGAGCCAGUCCUCAACAAAUAUGCUCAUAGAUGUUUUAUUCUAUAAAGAUGGGGACACUGGGGCUCAGAAGAAAAAGGGAAAGCAAUCUGGAUUCGGGUUAUCGGGGAAAUAACGACACGGAUUACAGCAAAUCCGGCCCUAUCUUCAGGCUACCACAUUUUCAAAUGUCCUUCCACGUAAGAGAAGAUGUGGCUCACACAUCUGACUGGGGGCUGAACACUUAAUGCAGAUGUAAGAAUAACAGGGGUAAAGUUAGUGAUAGAGGGGGUUUAAAGAACAAUCUCAAUGUACAAGAGGCUUUUCUUUUAUUAUUCAGGAAUUGUUUUUUCUCUUUCUGUUGAUAAUUUAAUGGCAGAUUGUUUUAGAUCUUCAUUCUCUUAACGAAAUUGCAUAUACAGACAUUAGCCCUUUUAGUUCAUUUAUGGUUUUUUUUUUUUAUUGUAUAUUGUGGUGUAAUCGACAGGAAAAUAAUGCCACGGGCAUGUUUACAGGUUUUCUAUUGCACUAUUAAAUUCUCUUCAUGGUAUUUACAUCAGUGCUAAUUUAAAUGUGAUUAAGAUGAGGAAUCCUGCAUACUUGCGUAGUAUUUGGUAUAUUGAUGGAGCAUGAGAUGGAGAAAUCUUUUGUGUGUCCAUUGAGCUUAUCUAUUUCAGCCAAAUCUGGAAGACUUGGUCAUCUGAUCUUUUGCACUACCCGAAGCAGCAUCCCAAAAGCCAAUACUUGUUCAAGUCAAUAAAUCAUAUAGUAAUACAAUAUUUUGUAAAUAGUUCUAUACUUAUAUAUGGUUGAAACUUAGCAUUUCCCAAGCAUGCUUACUUAUUAUUACUUGGUGCAUAGCACUCUGGUGUUAACAAACUAACCAAAGAUGUAGGUGGCAAACUUAUUUGAUUAUAUCUGGACGGUCUUUUGACAGAAACAGAUUCAUGCUCAACACCCAACUGAGAAGAAAUCGAGCUAAUGCAACGUUUUUGACCCAAAAAGCCUUCUGCAUUUUGGAACAUUUCCAAUGCAUCAGGCCUUCUCGGUGAGACCAUUCCAAACUGUCAUGUUCCCUUUGAAAAACCACAAAGUUAAUAGCGGCAAAUCAGUGUAAUCUGAUUUAUUUCAGUAAGAAAAUAUAUUGUACUUGCUUGGUACCUGGUAGCCAAUGGUCCCAGGCAGCAGAGCCGAGAUUCACUCACUGACCCUCCUCAGAAGCCACUUUUGGAGACGGGGUAGAGACACACAUUGGUUUGCUUUCCCAUUCAGGGGGAAAUCACAGCACCAGAUGAGACUCCAGAAAUCUAAAAUAACUGGCUAAAAGUGAAAAAUGCCAUGAAUAAGGGGAUCAGGUAUUGAGACGAAAUUAAACGAUGAUUCAUUUGCUUUUUCUUUAAAUUUUCAAUUUUAAUUGAUGGCAAUUUUGAUGCCAUUAAAUGCAAAUUAAGAAAUAUU